GCAUGCUGUGCCAUUGUAUAAUGAGGCAGACGGGCUGGAAGGGAUCACAGACAAGGAGAAACCUUCAGAGGAGACACAAGUGCUGGAGCUGAGCACGCCACUUCCUAGGCAGAUCUGUGGAGUGGCCCUAUAGAACUCUCCAGUCUGGAUGCACAGCCCAAGGCAGUCCUCAUUCUGAGCUCUGAGGGUGGGUUUCCCAAGCACAAGAAGCAGCGGUGUGGCAUUGCCAGGCUCAGCCAAGGCGUGUUGAGUAGUGACCCCAGCACCAGAGAUGGGCAUUGGUCGGAACCCCUCAUCCAAGGCAAUGGAAUCCACAAACUCAACAGAUGGGAAGUAUGAGGAGGAAUCCAAGCAUACAGCUUUUUUUACCCUGCCAGCAGUGAUAAAUGGAGGAGCUGCUUCCAGUGGAGAUCAGGACACUGAAGAUACAGAGCUAAUGGCUAUUUAUACCACUGAGAGUGGCAUUGCAGAGAAGAGCUCAUUGGCAGAAACGUUGGACAGCACUGGGAGUCUAGAUCGACAGCGGCUUGAUAUGAUCUACACGGUGGAGGACGUCCCUCCCUGGUACCUCUGCAUCUUUCUGGGAUUACAGCACUACCUGACAUGCUUCAGUGGGACAGUAGCUGUUCCGUUCCUGCUGGCAGAAGCCAUGUGUGUUGGAUUUGACCAGUGGGCCACCAGCCAACUCAUUGGGACCAUUUUUUUCUGUGUAGGAAUCACUACAUUGUUUCAGACAACUUUCGGGUGCAGGUUACCUUUGUUCCAGGCAAGUGCAUUUGCCUUCCUAGCCCCGGCUCGUGCCAUUCUAUCCCUUGAGAAGUGGAAAUGUAAUACUACAGAUUUAUCCAUCACCAAUGGAACCGAGCUGCUCCAUACAGAACAUAUCUGGUAUCCAAGGAUACGUGAGAUCCAAGGAGCUAUCAUUAUGUCUUCACUGAUUGAAGUUGUUAUUGGCUUCCUUGGGCUCCCUGGAGCAUUACUUAAAUAUAUUGGGCCACUAACCAUCACUCCUACUGUGUCCCUCAUUGGUCUCUCUGGAUUUCAGGCCGCUGGGGAGAGAGCAGGAAAACACUGGGGCAUUGCCAUGCUCACCAUUUUCCUGGUCCUGCUCUUCUCCCAGUACGCGAGAAACGUCAAAUUGCCACUGCCCAUCUACAAAUCUAAAAAAGGUUGGACCGCCUACAAGCUUCAGCUCUUCAAAAUGUUCCCCAUUAUUAUGGCCAUACUUGUGUCCUGGCUCCUCUGCUUCAUCUUCACUGUGACAGAUGUUUUCCCUCCAGAUAGCAGCAAAUACGGCUACUAUGCCCGCACUGAUGCCAGGCAAGGGGUCCUGACUGUGGCCCCAUGGUUUAAGGUUCCCUACCCAUUUCAAUGGGGUCUCCCUACGGUGUCCGCGGCCGGUGUUAUUGGAAUGCUGAGCGCAGUGGUAGCAAGUAUUAUAGAAUCGAUUGGGGAUUACUACGCCUGCGCACGCCUGUCCUGUGCUCCCCCACCUCCAAUCCACGCUAUUAACAGAGGGAUUUUUAUUGAGGGUCUGUCCUGUGUCCUUGAUGGGGUGUUUGGUACUGGAAAUGGCUCCACCUCAUCUAGUCCCAAUAUUGGCGUUCUUGGCAUCACUAAGGUUGCCAGUCGGAGAGUUAUCCAGUAUGGUGCUGCCUUCAUGCUGCUGCUGGGGAUGAUUGGAAAAUUCAGCGCUCUCUUUGCUUCUCUCCCUGAUCCUGUUCUUGGGGCUUUGUUCUGCACCCUUUUUGGAAUGAUCACGGCCGUGGGGCUCUCCAACCUCCAGUUUGUGGAUCUCAACUCCUCCCGAAACCUAUUUGUCCUAGGAUUCUCUAUCUUCUUUGGGCUCAUGCUUCCCAGUUACCUGAAGCAGAAUCCAUUGGUCACAGGUAUUGCAGAGAUCGAUCAAGUGCUAAAUGUGCUUUUGACAACAGCCAUGUUUGUUGGAGGUUGUACGGCUUUUAUUCUGGACAACACUAUUCCAGGCACGCCCGAGGAGAGAGGCAUACGCAAGUGGAAACGAGGUGUGGGCAAAGGCACCUCAGGCAUUGAAGGGAUGGAGUCUUAUGACCUGCCAUUUGGAAUGGGCUUUCUGCGGAGAUACAAGUGUUUCAGUUACCUUCCCAUCAGUCCAACGUUUGCCGGGUACCAAUGGAAGGCUCUACGGAAAUGCGGCAGUUGUCCCAGAGCUGCAGAGGAGGAACCUGAGCCAGCGGUAUAACCCUUGGCCCCCCCCCUCCCCUUUGCUCUUAUUGGGCAGUGUACAGUCUUUGCAAACUUUUACCAGGUUUACCAAACCUUGAACCAGAUGUGUUUUUGUAUAUUUACAUAAAUUUCCAGGACUGAGACCCAGGGUGCAGUAUGGGCUUUAUUAACCCUUCCUUCUUUUAAUAUGUAUGUAUAUAUAUGUAUGUAUAUAUAUAUAUAUAUAUAUAUAUAUAUAUAUUGUACUGCUAAUGCCGUAAGUUGACUAAUUAACUUAUUGUGCUUCUCUUUACUUUGUACAGUCCAGUUCUGUUGCACAUUCUCUCCGUCUCUCUUUAUCCCACCUUCCUUCUCUGGCUCAGCAUGGUGGGCUCCAAAAUUGUCUAAGGGUUUAUCUCAACACUGGCUGGUUAAACGGGUAUUAGUGUCCAUCGAAGGGUACACAGUUGCCCUCUGUCUCAGCUCGGGAAUAUUUAUUUUAUUGCAGUCCUAUCUCCUAUUGUUUAUCCCCCCCCACAAUGAUGUGGGCCCUGGUUGUGUAAACACCACCUUUCUCCUAUCCCCUAAAUGGUGUGGCUCUAUAUAGAGAUUGUAAACAGAUUCCCCACUUUUCUGAAAGACUUGUGGCAUCCAGUGCAUAUUGAAUGCCCCAGUGUUCUGUGGGCAACCGUGAUGGUCAAAAUAUCCUUCCCUGCCUGCAGCAGCUGGCUCUUUACAUUAGCAAGAAAUGCCUAAGGCGGGUGCUGCGGGUAGGGAAGGGUAUGGGACUGGCACGGUUGUCCCUGAGGGGCCAGCAGCACGCACUGUGCCACAUGUGCCAUAGCUCUAAAUCCUGUACAGCAUCUCCCUGUUGGAGAAGCUUCUACUGCUUUCUGGGUACACAGAACUUGUAUAUAUGUUUAAAGUUUUCUCCACUAUAGUCACCAUUGGUAGCCAGGAAAUUUUGAAAUGGGAAGUUUUGUCAACAGUGAUUGAUCAUCUGAGAAAAUUUGUUUUCCUGAGAUCUAAGUUUAUCAAUGACUUCCUCACAAUUGGGAAGUUUAAUUGCCUAGUGAUAGCUAGGUAAAGGAGGCCAGUAACCUGAAAGGAGGAUGCAGACAAGGGUUCAUUUUUAUUUAUAUAUAUAUUUAUUGAUUGCCCUUCUGUGCCCCCCCCCUUACCUAAUUCUCUUGCAUUUUGCCAUUCAGACUUGCUGCUUGAGUUAUCGCAGCAUCCUAAAAGUAUAUUUAAUCUAUUUUAAGGAAAAGCAGAAAUAGAUUUACUGGUUACUAGGUAAAGUACGCUAGUUACCAGAAAGGAGGAUGCAGACAAGGGUGGAUUUUUUAUUUAUAUUUAUUUAUUGAUUGCGGCUCUUUACCCUCCUUAUCUAUUUCUCUUCCAUUUUGCCAUUCAGACCACAGACUUGAUGCUGGAGUUAUCCCGGCAUCCUAAAAGUAUAUUAAAUGUGAUGCAAUUCAUUCUGAAUCUAUUAUCUAAGGAAAACCAAAAUCUCAUAGCCGUAUGUGCUAGUUUGUAGGUGAAUAUAUAAGGCUGCUACCAAUAAGCCAGCUAUGUGCCCAUUAGCUCAUGUGCAACAGAAACUCACAGGCCAGCCUGGUGCUUUGCCUUGGGGAAGCUUCCCACACCCUGAGCUGGGAGAGAGAGUUGGCAUAAAUGUAUGUGCCUAUUGCUGCUGUCUGUGGCUCUGUACUGCUGCCCUAGUUAUGAGUACUGGAAACAUACACCUAAGUGUGGAACUGUCCCUGGUACUGAACAAACCAAAAUGCAUUCCCGGAUAUUUUCCCCAUAUUUCUGUAUCAGAAGGGCAAACCAGAGCAGCUCAUGUAGUUUCAGUGUCAGCAUUGCCAAAUCGAUGAGAAAGUAGAGCUAAAGUUGACCCAAUAUAAAACCAGAUAGGAUGUGUGCACAAUAUUUAGAAUUGUGUUUUAUAGGAUCAAGUUUUAGGGGGGAAGAAUAUUUCAUUGCACUCUUCACUUCCCGUUCUACAGAGCGAUAAGCUGCCCCCCCCCCCUUUUUUUUAAAUAAAAUAAUUCAUAUGGGCAUUAUUAUAUAAAAAUACCAGACUAUUCCAUCUCUGCCACUUAAAGAUACAAUACAGAACAGUACUUCAUUAAAAUAGUAAUCGCAAUUAAGUGGCCUUGCAGAUGUUUUAUGUUUAUAUCCCAGAAUCCUUAGCAGGCAGUAGUCCCACAGCUGUAACAUUUCUACCCUGCCUACUUUUAAUACAGGAUAAUGCAGACUCUUGGCCUUGUAAUGCUGGUUACUAACAGAUACUAUAAAGCAAACUUACUUCAUGGGAUGGAACCAAAUCAAAUCGAAUACUAACAGAUCAAAGUUCCCUUCAGUUAAGCUGCUUUGAUUGUGAGCUGCUUUCUUUAUGGUUUAAUCAACAUAAGGAGCAUAAAUAUGCCUGCUAGUAGCCUCUAACUGAAUAACCCGUUAGGAAAUGUCUGUAUCCACAAGUAUAUGUAUGGCAGUGCACAAGCCAUCUCUAAAGCUAUGUACAAAUACACCAUCCAUUAUCAGUGCCAAUAUAUGGGCAGUGGGGGACUGCGGCAGAGCAGUUACAAUAGGAUAGUAAGACAGUGACAACCCUAUAAAUGAGUUGCCCAACCUGCAGACUUCAGUUGACAAAGUACAACUCCCGGUGCCCUCUGACAGAUGGAGGCUGUUAUAGUUAAAAAGCUAAAUAACCAUAGACUGGCCCGGUGUCUUUAUAGUCAUAUUUCCCUUAAAGGUGCAGAGUAUUAAUUGUGAUUACUCUCCCCUGGUGUCCCUGCAAGGCACUGUGCCAAUAACAUGGCUUUUCGUGUAGCGUUGGUGUCAGACUCCCCCCACUGAAGCUGUUUUUGACCUUCAAAUUUUGGAUUCAGUGUCAGACUGACAUCGUUUGACAUCGCUGACCCUUGAAUUUGCCAUGCUUGGUAUUUGCAUCUUUCUUUCAUUGCAGCAGGUAGCCAUUGCCAUUUGCCAAUAGAUUUCCUCCUCUCAGCGCAUGUACUGAAGCUGUGGUGUUUAGCAGCUGAGGAUCAUGGGAAUGAUGGGACCCACCGCAUUGUUAGUAAUGGAAGUGCAAAUCUCUCUCUUGAGUUUAAGGGAAAGGAGAAAGGUGCUGGUGUUAGUUAUUUGCUUCAGUUUACACAUAUCUCAGUAUUUUCAUAAAAGCAAAAAAAACAAAAAAAAAAUUCAUUUCACAUCCCUAUUGGGGGUGGAGAGUAAGUUAAUAUUCUCAUGACAGUGUCAUGUGUGACUAGAUUCUCCUGUGUAUGUGUACAUGUACAAAAUAUACAUAUAUCUGUAUAGAUGUGUCGUCUGCCUGCCAUUAUUCUAAAAGUGAGAAAGCAUUGCGUGCCCUGCGCUGGUGCUACGCCAUUACUGCCUGGACAUGCUAGCCUAUGGCUUCUUCUGGCCGCAGGGAAUGAACAGAAGCAAUCGGGCCCAGCGUCUUGUCUUUGCGUGGGAUUUCUUGCAUUCUUGCCAAGCCCAUGCCUGCAACACGUAGGGCUCGGUGUAUGUGCCCAUGCCUGCAGCACGUAGGGCUCGGUGUAUGUGCCCAUGCCCGCAGCACGUAGGGCUCGGUGUAUGUGCCGCAGGCUACAGUUGGGCAGCAGUCUUGGGGGUGACUCCCAAGUGAGUACUUAACCCUGAUUGGUUUUGAUAAGAAAUGAUUGAACACCUCUGUGUCAGUUCCAACUCUACACUACAGCUACUAUUUGCUUGGGGGCAGCUUUAGCUUCGCAUUAGCUCACUGGGAGGCACAGCCAAGCUGCACAAAAUCUCCUGCUUCCAAAUCUGGUAUGAAGCAGGAUUUUGUGUACACAGCCACAACCAAGGGUGCAGCCUAAACACUAAUGCCAUAGCCAACACCACAUUUAGUGUGUGAUAGGGUCGCGUGUAUAUAUGGGAAUGUGCAUUUAUUGCUUCUGAUCCUUUGCUUUCCUCCCACUGUUUCUCAUCAGCAUUUACCCCUAUAAACCCCAGCUCCCUGGGCCCUGCGGUAUCCCACAGUGCACCUUGUUGGACAGGGCUGCGUGCCAGAGCUCAGUAAAGACUUACUAUGCUUACUUUAAAUCCCCUUUAGACUCCGUCUGUUGUCCUUUCUAUAUUGAUAUGGCCCCUUCCUGUAUUGAAAUCUGUUCUCCAUUUCAGAAUCUAUUGAUUCUAUCUAAUGAUUCAUUUGCUGUGCUCUGUAAAUGCCACUCAGUGCUGAUUUUUUCACUUGAGAGCGGCCCCCAGUUGUCAUUUUGAUGGCUGCCCAUUCAUAGACCUUGAAGUGACAGCUGAAGUCCUUGGUGCAUGCAUUGGAUUCCUGCUAUAGACUCACCCUGUGUAUUGCUUAGCCCUCCCCAGUCCUGGCACCAUGCCCUGGCAGCCAGUAGCCCGUAUUGUGUUUAGCUAGCAAUGCCUCCUGUGUGCCAUAGUUGGGCAUUACUCUACCUUUGGGCACAUUAAUUCAUUUACCCUCCCUCUGGGAUCUUUCCACUUUAUAUAAGUUGACCCUGUGAGCAAUCCUGCCUGCUAGAAUCAUUAUGAUAUAUCACUAUGCCCUCUUAUACGCUUGGCAAGUUUCUGUUUCCCAAACGCACAAUUGGGCUAUUACAUUGGCUCAGCAAAUGAUUUCUUUAUGGUGCAUGAUUUAAAGCUGCUUGACUGCCUGGGCCGGCGACUGCUUCAUUUUGUUCCUUAGACUCUGCCAGAAGCGCCGCGUCGUGUACAAGAGAAGGGUCAGUAUUAAUAUGACCGGCUGCAUAUAUGUAGUGACUGUAUUAAGGUUUGGGCGCCCACCUUCCCGCUGCUCAUGCCAUAUGAAUGGCAUCUUGCAGUCAUCAACUAUUGCAUCACCGCUACUAUUUGCUCAGUGAUGUCAUGGGACUGAUGAUGUCACAUUACAGAACUCCAAAUGAUUGGUUCAUUGGCAAACUCGGGAGGUGGUUGAAUAAACCUUGCAAACUGAAGACUUUUUUUUGCCUAUUCAUAACAUUCCUCCCCCCCCCUUCCUUUGUCAGAACUUGUAGUGAUUACAACUGACACAAAACUGGCACAAAUGUUUCCUUGUGCCCGGCCGACGUAUCUCACUAGCGGAAGCUUUAUGUCGCGCUCAUCUUCAUAUAACGAAGGUGCUCCUCAGCGGCAGGAAGGAAAAGCUUGCUAUUUUAUAGCCUUCCUGCAGUUCAGGGGUUAAUAGCUGAACAUUUUUUUGCUUGUAACAUACAAAGUUUAUUCAGUUUUUUUUUUGUUUUUGUUUUUAUCGGUGAUGUAAUUUGUUACAAUUUUUUUAAUUAGUGUUUGUUUUUAUUUUCUAACUGCUUUCAUUUAUCAUUUAAAUAUAUUUAAAAAAAAGAGAGAUGUAAUAUUGGACCAGAUGUGAAUAAUAGUAGAAGAUAAAACCUAUUUUAUUCUGUAUUUUUAAAGCUGUUAAAUAUAAUAAAUUGGAUAUUCCUGCUGAACGCC